AUGGUAGUUUCUGAAAGAGUCAAUAUAAAACAGGGUAUUGUAAUCGGAAAGGAAGAUAUUCUUCCAAAUGGUAAGCGAUAUCACUUCUUUAAAGGAAUUCCAUUUGCAGUUCCUCCACUAGGAGAAUUAAGAUUUAAGGCUCCAGUGCCAAUAGAAAAGUUCUCUGUUCCGGAAAUUGAAUGCUUUAAAGAAGGCCCAGCGUCUGUCCAACAUGAUACUGAUACAGGAAAAAAGUUUACUGGAUCUGAAGAUUGUCUUUAUCUAAAUGUAUUUACACCUGAAAGUAAAUCAAAUAAGCCUCUACCAGUGAUGUUAUACAUUCAUGGAGGUGGAUUUACAACUGGAAAUGGCAAUAGCGAUAAACACAAUCCACUUUACUUGUUACAAGAAGGAGUAGUUGUAGUCACAUUUAACUAUCGACUUGGAGUACUGGGAUAUCUUUCUCUUCCUGAAGCAGGAAUUCCUGGAAAUGCAGGACUUAAGGAUCAGGUUCUUGUCAUGAAAUGGAUAAGGCAAAAUAUCUCCCAGUUCAAUGGAGAUCCAAAUAAUAUUACACUGUUUGGUCAAAGCAGUGGUGGCUCAUGUACGCAUUUGCAUUUGUUUUUAGACAAUUCCAAAAAUCUAUUCCAAAAAGCCAUAAUCCACAGUGGUGUUAUUAUUAUGCCAUCGAUGAUAGAUGAUGAUGCACCUGCUAAAACGAGAAAUUUAGCUAAACUUGUGGGUUGUACUUCAGAAGAUCCACACGAAAUUUUAAAGUUUCUACAAAGUUACAAUAAUUUAGAAGAAUUCCUUAAGCCCUUGGUAAUUGAUGGUCUACCUGUCUGGAAUCCUGAUAUUCCCAUUAAACCUGUUAUUGAAGAUGACAGUCCAGAAGCUGUUAUUACAAAAUCUGUUUUUGAGUCAAUGUGCGAACCAAAUUCCGUUCAAGUUCCUGUUAUAAUGGGUUACACCGAUGCCGAAGGAUUAUCUAGGGCAGCUGUAUGUGGGGAAAAUUUAGAAAAUUUUCCCAAAUACUUCAAGGACCUUAUUCCUCCCGAAUUAAACAUAUCAUUGAAGGACCCACAAAGAAUUCAAUUGGAUAAGUCAAUUAAGGAAUUUUACUUUAAAGGAGAAAAAAUUGAUAAAAAGAUGACAUAUCAAUUAUCUCAUCUGCUGGGCGACUAUCAAUUCACCUCAUAUAUUCGUCAAGCUGCUGAAUUUCAUACUCGUUUCCAACACAAGUCUCCAUUGUAUAUGUAUCGAUUCGAUUUCGAUGGUCAAUUGAAUUUAUAUAAAAGAAAACACAAAGCAGGACAUUUGAAAGGUGCUUCUCACGUGGAUGACCUUUGUUAUGUUUUUCAAAUGGAAUUCGGCCCACCUGAGCCAUGGGAUGAAGAGGCCCAUAAAAUGGUUUUGACAAUGUGCAAAUUGUGGACAAAUUUUGCAAAGUACAGUAAUCCAACUCCAACAAUCGAUCAACAAUUUGGUGGUUGUAUUUGGGAACCUGUACCAAAAUGUGACAGUUGGGAAAACAUGAAUAUCAAAACUCUAAUCAUCGAUAAGGAAUUGAGAAUGAUGGACAAUCCUGAUGAAGAACGAAUGGCUUUUUGGAGGAACCUCAAAAACUAUCAUAAAUGCUAAUUUUAUUGUUGUAUUAAUUUUGUAACAUAAUAAUGUGAAUUUUGAUUUUGAUUGAAUAAAUUAAAAUUACCUCUUUA